CUUAGCACUGUUAGCAGCAGAUAAAUUUUCAAAAUUUUGAUCGCAAUUUUGUUGUAUGUUAUUAAAAGACGUAUUUGAUCCUUAUGAUUCUUGUUUUAUAUUGUUACUGUUAAGAUGGAUGCAAAGGUUAACGAUAGACCUAUGUAUCAAGCUAAACCGUUAUCAGAAUUAAUAUCUUCAAUUACAUGUCUCCUAUCGGACAAUGAUAUUAAUUUAUUGAAAGCUAAGCAACAAGAAAGAAAAACAAUGGCUGUGAGCAGAUCUGUAGGCAAAUUUGUAAAACCUUUUACUCGUGAUGAAAUGACUCAAGCUUGCCACGAUAUUGCAGCAUCGAGAAAAUUAUCUCCUAGAAGACAAAUGCAAUCAAAAUCUACAUCCAAAAAGAGAACAUGGAACUCUUCAGUGAAAGUAGAAUGUAAAACUAAAAGUGUUACUGCUAACGGCCAAAUGAAGAAUACGAAUGUCAGAAAGAAGCUUAACUUUCAGCCAAAGCAGGUAACUUAUAGCAGGAAGACAGUUCUGAAUCCUGAAACACCAACAUUUGCAAAACCAGCACCUAAAAUAAAGAAACCAUUAGAUUUCAUGGCUAGGAUUAAUGUAGCACAUAAUGAUACAAGCGGAAUUCAUAAACUUUCAGAGACCCCAAUGCUAAAUCAUGGAGUUAAAAGAAUGACAAUUUUCAAUAAAGAAAAUGUGAAAUUUUCUCUAAACAGUAUGAAUAAGAAAGCUGAAACUUCUCUUACUCCUUACUUGACAAAGAAACCAACAACACCUAAAAGUAUCCUCAAAAGGACUCUUAAACAGCCAAUUUUUGAUGAUGUAUCACAGGUAAACUCUUCAAUUAAGUCUGAUGAGAGUUUUUUACAAAAGGAGAAGGAAGCUAAUGAGAUAGAAGAAAUACCUCAAGCUACCAAUGAAAACCUCAACAGAAUAUCAGUACUGGCACCACUUGCACUUGUUUCACCAUCUUUAGAAAAUUAUAGGAAUGUCAAUGAUUAUUUCAAUAGUAGUGAUAACACAUCUGUCAUGGCUGAUGACUCUACCCUUUACAUUGACAGCACUAUUUUAUCAUUUGAGAUAAUGCCAAAUUUUAAUGAAAAUAAUAAUAAGGAACAGUGUGAUGUAUCAAAUCUCUGCCAUCUGUUAACUAAAGCAAAUAUUAAUAUGUUGGAAAGUAAAAACACAGAACUUGAACAGCUGCUAAAAAUUGAGAAGCAGCUUGAAAAUGGAAGAAAGCUAUUAACAAGUAUUACAGAAUCACAAAUGGAGGCAUUAAAUUCUGUAAGGAAGUUGAUUCAAAAUCAUAAAUCCCGAGAUGUUUGUGAAAUUCAGAAUAUGGAGACACAAAAUAAAUGUACGGAAAGUCCAAAGACUAGUCAGCGUUGUUCAGUUAUAAAAUCACCAUCAUAUAAAAUACCUAAAAAGAGUGUAAAUUUAUCUAGAAAGGUGUUACAUGCAUCAUCGCCAAAGGUGUCUGAUAUUAACAAAACUCCAGUUAAAGGUAUGGAUACUAAAGUACUGAGUAUGUAUAUGAAAAUGAAAAAGAAGAUGAAUUUCUUAAAUACACCAUCAAUGGAUCGUCACAGGGAGAUUCAACCUGACACACCAACAGUUACAUCACAUAACCUUCAAAAACAGCUGGCAAGCUUAUAUGAUGAAAGCGACUAGAGUUUUUAGUGACUUGGACACUCCUUAUAGAAUAUAUAUUUUACGAAUAUUUAUUUUAAUGAAUUUAAAUUUUAUAAUGUGCAACCUGAGCCAAUAAUAAUUCUCUCAGGCACUGAUGAGUGAUAGUUAUUAAUUCAAAUAGGUAUAGAUACUUGUACAAAUUCACCUCUGGACCUAUCCAAGCCAAGCCCUUGAUACCUAUAUCAAGGGCUGUGUUCACUUUUACCAACUUACUGAGCCUAAAAUAUUAAAACACAAGAUCUCAAAAUGAAAUAUUGUCAGAUAAUAUUGCAAAUGCAGUGUUUCGUUUUGUACAAAAUAAUAGCAGUCAAUCACAAAACAAAAUUUGUCAUUUAAAAAAAUAGUUCUUGUAUAAUUUUAAAUGGUCUAGAGAUGUUACUUAAGUAAUUUGGUUAGAUUAUGUAUAACUCAUUCAUUCCCUCUUCAUUUUUAUUUUGUAUAAAGCUUGAAAAUGGUCAUAUGACAUAGCUAAAAUGAUUGUGUAACUGAAGUGGCCGCUGGGGCAGAAAAGUCGGACCACAUACCGGAAGAUGCAGUGUUGGUAGGCCCCCCCCCAAGAUGGACCGAUAAUUUGGGCAAGAUUGCCGGAAUAAGUUGGAUGAGGGCAGUGCAGGACUGAUCAUCAUGGAGAUCUUUGGGGGACGCCUUUGUCCAGCAGUGUACAUCUUCCAGCUGAUGUUGAUGAUGAUAUUCUUCUGGGGUUUCAAAUCCAGUGGUUAAUUCAUCCAAAAAUAUGUGUCUUUAAAAUAUGUCUUUAUUAGUUGUUUUGAGAGGUUUGUGUAUAUUUUAGGCCCAAAACAAAGAUAUCUCUAUUCUGCUAGACCAAUAUUUACCAAUCAACGAAUAAUAUGAACAAGUCUAUAAUUGAAACAGUGAUUGGCAGAAUAGCCUAUUUAAAAUUUCUAUAUACUUUCCAAUUAUUUUAUUAUUCUAUAUUACUUCCUUUCUUGUGAUGUUCAUAUUCAUGAAUACCACCCAUUUGAAAUUGACUGUGACUUUAAAACACUAGAGAAAUUGAAAACAUUAUUAAGAACAUUUUAAGAUUGUUGAGACCUUAAACUCCCACUUAUCUUUGUUAGGUAAAGUUGGCUUCCCAUUGCUGAUAGUAAAUCAAAAUAUUUAUAAAAAUAUUUCUGCCUGCCACAUUGACUUGCUUGAAUAAGUAAUGGAAACUAACAAAUAAUUAAAAAAAUUGGUUGUAGAAUAAAUUUUAUAAAAUUAUAAUAAAGAUAAUUAUUCUUUAUUGAAAUUUACAUGUGAAGACAUACAAGUGAUUGCUUUCGUAUCGCAGAGUUAACUGCAAUGACCACCAGUGUGUAAGAAUAGUUUGACACAGACUACCGAUUCGAAUUUCGCCAGCCACGUUCCAAUGUUCAUAUGUAUGGUUAUAUUCGACGCUUUAUAAAGUCGCAACGCUCUUGUGAUUCUACUGGUGUUACAAGAGUAAGUACUGUGGUGAUCACUUACCAUCAGCUGACUUGUAUACUCCUUUGACAUCCUCUUACAUAAAAAAAAAAACAAAAUUGUCGGAGGCACCUCCUUCCAGGGGUUGAUGACUUCUUAGAAUAGCGUUAAGGUCUUCAACGCAGCACUGCCAUUAUCCUGGAGAAAAUCCUGGUAUUGUAACCACGCACCUACUCUCCUUCGUAUAGUGGAGACUACUUUCUUUAAGGCUACACGCGUGCAUUGAAGUAUGAGCUGUCAAGGCUAUUUGAGUUUAGUUUUGUUAAUUGUAUGUUAAGUUCAGGCCAAGUUCAUAAGUUCUUAACUCUGUGUAACGGCAAUUGGACUGUCCGUAGCACGAGUAAUACGGUACUCGUGAUUUCAAAUCACAGUUCACUCAUGUUCGUCUUUAUAAAGUAGCUUAACUUUUCGACUUAUGCAUUUAUUAUUGUAAUAAUUAAUACGUAUUCAAAGUAUAACUAAUUUACUAAAAAAAUUAUGUAGAUAAUAAAAUAUUAUAUUGAAUUUAGUUUAAUCCAGUUUUAUUUAGAGUAAAUUUUAAUAUAAUAUGGAACUAACUGGAAAUAAUAAAUCUUUACUUGGUA